AUGUUCGGGCGUGUUGGUGGCCAUACGCUUCGGUGCGCUGCGCGCAACCCCGUUGUCCGGCGGAAAUUCUGGGAACGCAGCUUUUCGACACAAAUACCUUCUUCAGCGAGUGCAGCUGCUCCGUCGAGUGCGUCGCCGCUCGGGAGUAUCACGACGGAGCUGGAUCGGAUAGCGCCAUGCUUUGAUGUCCCAGCGUCUCGUAUAUCCAUCUUGGACUCCCCCGCGAGUUUCUACACUACCCUCAAGAAUAAAAUUCGCAAGGCUCGAAAGCGCAUCUAUCUAUCUACGCUAUAUAUCGGCAAGACGGAAUACGAAUUGAUCCAAACCGUGAAUGAAGCUCUUCGCGACAACCCCGACUUGCGAGUCUCGAUUCUAACGGAUGCUUUGCGAGGGACGCGAGAAACGCCGAAUCCAUCAUGCGCUUCUCUUUUGGCAUCGCUAGUUGCAGAACAUGGUCCGGAUAGGGUUGAUAUUCGGAUGUUUCAUACACCUAACCUAACGGGUUUGCGGAAGAAAUGGAUUCCUCGGCGGAUAAAUGAGGGCUGGGGGCUACAGCAUAUGAAGCUUUACGGAAUUGACGAUGAGAUUAUACUCUCCGGGGCAAACCUCUCUGAGGACUAUUUCACGAACCGCCUAGAUCGGUAUCAUGUCUUCAAUUCGAAGGAGCUGACUGACUACUAUGCGCGCAUCCACAACGCAAUAUGCGGACUCAGUUUCAAAGUUCUUCCCGACCCUCAUAAUUCGGCAGGGUAUCUUUUAGACUGGCCCAGUGCCAAUGGCGCUCCUUCGCCUCUUGAUGACCCAGAGGGCUACAUUGCAUAUUCAUCGACCGUCUUGAAACCCCUCAUCCAGCCAUCAGCCAGCAAAGCUGCACUUGAGUCCAAAUCCCCCGGCAAAACAUUUGUGUAUCCAGUUGCACAAUUUACUUCUUUAAUGAAGCCUGACGACUCAACCGAAUUCCCGGCCGUCACAACCAUUCUAGGCCUCCUUUCCAGCUCGCCGAUCUUCUCCGGCGCCCGCUGGCUCUUCACGGCCGGCUAUUUCAACAUUCAUCCUACCCUCUCGUCCUUCUUAAUAUCCAGCACCUCAAUGUCUCAAACAGCGUCGCCUACUCGUGGUACUGUCCUAACCGCUUCGCCCUGGGCGAACGGCUUCUACGGGUCGCCUGGCAUUUCCGGUAUGCUCCCAGCAGCAUACACCCACCUCUCCGCGCGCUUCCUCGAUAGGGUCGCCGCUGCUCAGGCAACAAACUCUAUCCAGCUCAAAGAGUGGCGCCGCGGCACGGUUGGCGAGCCAGAUGGUUGGACGUACCACGCCAAGGGGCUCUGGAUCACUCUUCCCAAGGAAGAAAACCCAAGUCUGACCUUUGUCGGAAGCAGCAAUUACACCAAGCGCAGCUAUAGCCUGGAUUUGGAAGUUGGGGCACUAGUCGUUACGGGGGAUGAUGAGCUGAAGAAGCGAUUGGGGGCUGAAACGGAGUGGUUACAGACACAUUCGAGUGCAGUCUCGAGGGAUGAUUUGAGAAGGACAGAGCGGAGAGUUAGAUGGAAUGUUAGGCUGGCGAUGUGGAUCGUUGAGAAGGUUGGGGGAGCUUUAUGA